UUUAUCUCUCUCUAUGCAUCAUACAGACGAGCGGUUCGGUUAGAAAUUUUGUUGUCUGACGUUGGUUACGAGUUGACAGGAAAUUCUUUCAUUUGCGAAAGAAAUCAUGAGCACUUCGCGCUUAGAAUUUUCCUCUCUUUUCGAGAUGCUGGCAGCGAGCGGCCUUUGUCCUAUGCCCUCGGCAAUCGACGUUCUCAAUGAUUCAGCUCCAUGCGACAAGGGCCUCCUAGAUGUCCUGCAGCAGCUUGAAGCACUAGUGACUGGAGAUGUGACUCCAACCGUGCCAGAGUUUGAACCAUCGUCAAACUUCGUUGCAAUGCUGGCCAUCGGCUGGCUUGUGGCACGAGAAAAUGCCUUGGAGAUUCUGCUGCAACGAAUCAUUUCUCCCACGGGGACUGGCGUAGCCAAGAAGCAAGACAGUCGGCAGCAGCAACAGCAGCAGCAGCUUGUCCCUGCUGGGCAAGAAUCCUGUCGGCUGGCCUGGUCACACCUGCGCCUGAGCCUCAGGAGUCUUGCAGCUGUUAUGCAGCAGCACGCAUCCCUGCUGCACCGGGCACAACGGUGGCUUCCCAGAGAUAAUGAGCAGCACCGUGCUCUGAAAGCUUACCUUCGUUGGCAAAAGGAAGAGCAGCCUCUGCUGUGGCAAGCAUUGUUGGCACGCCACCCGCAUGGCUCUACGGAGCUGCGGCUGUACAAGACGCGGCUGCAACACCAUCGCAACGACGGAAGGAGAGUCGUGGAUCAGCUGACGAGCCUUGCCGAGCGUUGCCCGGGCUUCUGGCCCUAGCCGGGCAAAGCCCUCACAUCCCCAAGACAAGACAGUGAGACGCAAUUUCGGCAGCUUUGCUGCAGAGAGUUGGAUGUUUUUUUUUUCCCUUUUUUUUCUUUAUUCCAUUUUAUUAAGUGUCUCUAGCAGUGAUACAACAGUUUACAACAAUAAAAAAAAUAAUGGUUUGCAGCAACUUGUGUAAUUCAUUUUUUUUUU